AUGGCCCCUCUACGGCCCCGCUACGGCUCUGUCGGCACCGCUUCGGCCCCACUUAGGCCCCGCGUCGGCCCCGCUACGGCCAUCGUUCUCACUUUUGACGCUGAGGGUCCGGCAGUGGACGUUGAGGUCUGGGUAGAUGAUCUGCAGUUUUUUCUGCAGUGCGAUAGGGCAGACGUCCUCUCCCUGUUUGACCUCACUUCUGGUGCCUCCCCUGCCCCUGCUGCUGAUGCUGACGCCACUGUUCGCUCACAGUGGGCCACACGUGAUGCUGCUGCUCGCCUUGCUGUUCGCCGCCACCUACCGACCACUGAGCGUGCGCACUUUAGCCAGUACAAGAGUGCUCAGACCUUGUACGACGUCGUCGUUCCACGCUACUCUUCCCCUGCCACUGCUGCACUGAGCCGCCUCAUGCUUCCCUUCCUCUUCCCUGACCUUGCUGCCUUUCCCACUGUCGCUGACCUCAUUACGCACCUCCGCACUCUUGACACUCGCUACCGCGCUGCGCUUCCUGCUGAGGACCACUUCCUCUCUGUUUGCCCCACCACUCUCACCGUUGACCUCCUCGAGAAGGCCCUCCUAGAGAUAGAAAAGAGCAUAGUCGCUGUAGGAGCCUCUCGUGGUGACCCUCGCACCCCCGUCUUUGAGGGGUGUUCUCCCUCCCCCCUCUUGCCCUCUGUCGCCUUUGUUGCUGCGGCCGACCUCGUUGGUUUCGAGUCGGUCGGCGCUGCGUCUGCCCCGAGUGGGAGACGCCGCACCGGCAAGGGCAAGGGGGGCAAGGGCUCUGGAGGGGGUGGAGGGGGCGGUGGAGGUGGUGGUGGAGGCGUUGGAGGGAGUGGGGGUGGUGGUGGGAGUGGUGCCGGGGGUGGUGGUGGCGGCGGCAGCAGUGGAGGCGGCGGAGGCGGUGGAGGUGGCGGAGGGAGCGGAGGCGGCGGAGGUAGUGGAGGAGGCGGAGGAGGAGGAGGCGGCGAAGGCGGCGGAGGCGGCGGUGGUGGUGGCGGCGGCGGCGGCGGUGGUGGUGCGAGUCGCGACUCUGCACCGAAGAGUGGCUCCGGUGGUGGUCAGCGCCAGCAGCAGAAGCGGAGCGGUGUGACCAUGUCCCCUCAGCAGCUUCGUGAGUGGUACACUGCACGCCAGCGAGGUGGGGGUUUUGGUCCUUACUCCUACGUUCUCCGUACCGGCGACCGCACUGGUGAGCAGUACGGGGGUCCGCACUCCACCCAGCGCUGCUUUGGUUGCCUGACGGACGCGUGGCGUCGCCAGUUCCCUGAGGCGUCAGAGAUCCCUCACUGGGGAGAUCUGGCCAAGGCUGGGGUUGCUAUCUUUGAUCUUGACUUUGAUGCUAUUCUUGCUGCCAUGUAUGCUGUUGCUGAUAGUGUUAAGGGUGCCUGUUACCUCUGUGUACCACAUGACCCGGGCAUUGAGGUUGCUGCGCUAGGUGCUGGUGAGACUGUUGCUCUUGGUGCUAGUGCGUCUGCUGCCCCAGGUGCUGGUGAGUCUGCUCUCUCAGGUACUGCUUCUGCUCAGGCCCUCCACACCUUCACCCUAGACUCGGGUGCGUUCCGCUCUUUCUUUCGAGACCGCACCACUCUUACGCCGCUUAGUCGGCCAGUUGCAGUCUCUCUGGCAGACCCCUCUGCAGGUCCUGUCCUUGCUAGCUUCUCCACUGUCCUUCCGUAG